AUGGAGCCAUUGUCCACGACCUUUUGUCCUCUGGAAUCCACACAAUACACCAGAAACAAAUCCCUAAAUGAAACCACCUGGUCUUCAAAUCAAGAGGCUGACUAUAUUUAUAUUUGUGUCUCCCUGGUGAUUUGUGUGCUGGGACUAGCUGGGAAUGGACUUUUGAUAUGGUUCCUAAUCUUCUGUAUCAAGAGGAAGCCAUUCACUGUCUACAUCCUACAUCUUGCCAUUGCCGACUUCUUGGUUCUCCUCUGUUCAUCCAUCAUUCAACUAGUGAAUACCUUCCACAUCUAUGAUGACACCUUACUGACCUAUACUGUCUUCUUCAUGCUCUUUGGCUACAACACGGGCCUGCACCUCCUCACAGCCAUCAGCGUGGAGCGGUGCCUCUCAGUACUUUUCCCAAUCUGGUACCAGUGUCGACGCCCAAAGCACCAGUCCGCUGUGGCCUGUGCACUGCUGUGGGCCCUCUCUGUUCUUGUGUCUGGGUUGGAAAACUUCUUCUGCAUUAUGAAAUUGAUGCCUCAAUUCCCAGAAUGCCGUUAUGUGUACUUGUUUUCCUGUAUCUUGACAUUCCUGGUCUUUGUUCCUCUCAUGGUCUUCUCCAAUUUAAUCCUCUUCAUCCAGGUCUGCUGUAACUUGAAGCCACGCCAACCAGUCAAGCUCUAUGUGAUCAUCAUGGUCACGGUCAUCCUGUUUCUCCUCUUCGCCAUGCCCAUGAAGGUGUUACUUAUCAUCGCCUACUAUUCGUACACAACGGAUGAGUCUGUAUGGUACUCCCUCCCCUACCUGAACAUGCUGUCCACUAUUAACAGCAGCAUCAACCCAAUUGUCUACUUUGUGGUAGGCAGUCUGCAGAGGAAGAGGAGUAGGAAGUCUCUAAAAGAAGCACUGCAGAAGGUCUUUGAGGAAAAGCCAGAGGUGGGCUCGAGGGAGAAUGUUGCAGUUCUCUCCACCUUCAUGAACUUCUGCUAGGACAUCCCCAAGGAAGGAUGGCUGAUGUUAUCCCUGUAUGAGAAUAUAACGAUAUUCUUUAACCACUUCUCUACCAUUCCACCUGGUGGCUCACCUAAGAGUAAAGAGAAAGUCCUUCAUUCUUCCAGGAAAGAAAUGAUAACAAGACACACUGUACACAUGACAUACUUGGUAAUUUGAUGGGAGCUAAUUUUUUUGCCAGUACUGGGCAUUGGCUCUUGAACACCAUACAUGCUGGGCAAGUACUCUAGCACAGCCCCUGACCCUGGCUUGAUUCCCACCUUCUCAGCACAAAACUCUAUGUGUCAUAACAAUGUCUCACUUGUCAA